AUGUCAGCAGCAGCUAACACAACCCUCCACGACAAAGCCCAAAGGAUUCUCAAUGCAUACCAAGAGAAGCCAACACCAUCAUCUCUCCUUGACACGCUGCGCGAGCUUCUCACCCAAAUCAUCAAACCCCUCUUCAGCGCCAACCCACAGCCGUCCCUCGCCCCCUCCGGCCGCAAGACCCACUUCGCUCCAGCAGUGACACUCCCACACUCCCAAACCCUCGUACUCGACGACAGCGACAAACCCUGGAAACUCGCCUUCUCCACCCUCACCCUCCCGCUCCUCACUUCCAUUCUACAAAGCUACCCGACCCUCCCUGCCUCCAUCCUCAAACCCACUCUCGAGCAACAAAUCUUCCUCCUCACCCCCGCCCUCCUCAACCUCAUCGACGACACCACCCCACUCUCCAAAGCCACAGGCUUCCAACUCCUCCACCACCUCAGUGACGCCCUCGUGCUCGCCAACUCCAACAUCCUCCACCCCUCCGGUCUCACCGACGUCUUCAUCGACGCCAUCAAGCCGAACUUCAUGCUCCUCCCCUCCCUCACGCCCGAGGAAGAUUCGCUCCUGACCCUGCGGCCGCUGUACCCGGCAUACCUCUCGCUGGUUCGCGCGCGCUUCCAGCAAUCGCUCCCGGACUCCACCCCGUCGCAGGCAUCGCAUGGGGCCGAGGAAAGCAAGCGGCAGGGGUACCUGACGCUGCUGCUGCGACAUGGCCUGCUGGCGAGCCUGGCACACUUGGGCGCCGGCACCAAUACCUCCCACGUGGAGCUGACGACGUUCCUUGUGGCGCAGGUGGGUGAAGUGGCGGGGGCCAUGGGCAUCUACGCGACCGCGCAUCUGCAGCGCGUGCUACCGCUGUUGAGGACGGUGGCGUGCGACCCCUUCGCGACCAGUGCGCCGGGUCUCCUGCUCGCGGCGCUUGGCGCGAUCGGCGCCGUGGUCGACGUAGCGGAAGAGCGGGUGCGGCAAGAGUGGUGGGGCGAGGUGCUGAGAGCAUGCGUGGGGGCCUGGCUGUCAACCGUGGACGACGAGGAGGUGGCGGGCGUCGCACAGAAGCAGCAGCACGAGGCUCUGGCGCCUAUGAAGGACAGCUGUCGCGCCGUGGCGGCAAAGCUGGCGACCCUGGUGGAUGGGGAACUGUGGGAGAAGGCGAGAAGCAAGUUAGUUGAAGAAGAGCCAGAGUUGGAAGGACUGUUUGCAUUGAAAGAAGGGGUAUCUUGA